AUGGUGGUGAUAACCCCACCCCACCCCCAGAACCAGGAUCGACUCCGCAUCCAAAGCUGCUCGACACUUAAGCUACUUAGCCUGCACUUAGUGAUAAAACUGUCACUUGUUUGUUUUCUUCGUUUACAAACUGUCACCGCACCGCUCGAGCUUGAGGUAUUUUUUUUUCACUUGCGGAACCGAUCCUCGCAACAACCUUCCCCGCAAUCCACCAGCAACCUGUGCAAGAAGCCCAGUGUGGAUCUGCGCUCCGACCCAGGAAUUGCCGACAAGACCAUCGACUGCCUCGGACUUGGGAUUUUACCGGAGGUCGAUCCGACGGUGCGGAUUUGCGACGGCUGUGCCGAACGCGUCGACGCGCAGCACGCCUUCCGGACGCGAGACCUGCACAACAACAGUUACGUCGAGAACGGGCUGGAGGACAAGGAAGACGAGGACGUGUGCCGGUUCUGCUUGAAGGCGGAUGGCGGGGCGGCGUUGGUCGAGUUGUUUCCAGGCGGCGGCGGGAGCGUGGCGGAUGAGGUGCAAACGGUGCGGGAUUGUUUAGGGGUUGAGAUCAACAGCUGGGAUAAGUUGACGAAGAUUUGCGGGGAUUGUAUGGGCGGUGUUGAAGAGUUGGCGGAAUUUUCACCGACAGCCGUGCCGGUGAAGCUGGAGGACGUGACGGAUCGUCGGAUUCGUACAGCAUUGGCAGUGAGAAUGGGGACGGAAGUGAGGGUUUUGAGUCGGACAGUUCGACGGCGGAUAACGGGGAGAAGCGUGGGGAAAAGCGGAAGGUCACGGCACGGUCGCUGCCGUGGAUUGGAAGUGUCCACGAGGUUACGAAGGUUACAAGUCUAAAUGUUUGAACGGAGCGGAGGAUUGAGUUCAAGCGAAGGUGAAGGCCAAUAAUGUGGAUAUUUACAAAAUCCUCCAGCAGAAGGAUCCCGCGCGCAUCUUUAAGGUGCUUCUGCACAUGGUCAGACAAAUGACAAAUUCGGCAAAUAACAACCGUACGCCAUGAUUAUUGUUUUGCCUUCCUCACCUCACUGAGGCAAGGCUAUAAAAUCACUCAAAAAUUGA